AUGACUUCCCUAAAAGUGCAGUCAGAUCGAGCAACAAAUGCAUAUCGUGUUCGCUUAAAUUCUUCUAUUGAUUGUGUGAAGUUUCUACUAAGACAAGGUUUAGCUUUUCGAGGGCACGAUGAGAGUUCCAGCUCAAAUAAUCAAGAAAAUUUUCUUGAGCUACUUGAUUUUUUAGCAAAACACAAUGAAGAUAUAAGUAAUGUUGUACUAAAGAAUGCUCCAGAAAAUUUGAAAUUAACUGCACCUGAUAUUCAGAAGGAUAUUUGUAGAGCUAUUUCCAUUGCAAUUACAAACUGCAUAAAGGAAGAAGUUGGUGAUAGCUACUUCUCUAUUCUUGUUGAUGAAGCUCGUGACAUUUCAGGGAAAGAACAAAUGGUUGUUGUUAUCCGAUAUGUAAAUGAAAAAGGGCAAAUUAUUGAACGUUUUUUGGGUAUUGUUCAUGUUCCAGAAACAUCAGCUAAAUGUAUCAAAAAAGGAGUUGAAGAUUUUCUUUCAAAUUAUUGCUUGUCUUCCUCCAAAAUUCGUGGUCAAGGAUAUGAUGGUGCAAGCAAUAUGCGGGGAGAAUUUAAUGGCCUUAAAGCAUUUUUUCUAAAUGAUAAUGCAUCUGCACAUUAUAUUCACUGUUUCUCACAUCAGCUUCAGUUAGCUUUAGUAGCAGUUGCGAAGAAUCAUGUUCAUAUUGCAUUGUUAUUUACUAUAAUUUUAAAUAUUAUGAAUAUUGUCAGUGUAUCAUGUAAACGUCGUGAUCAGUUAAGGGACAAACAACGUGAGCUAACAUUAAGUGCAUUACAUAAAGGUGAGGUAUUCACUGGACGAGGAUUAAAUCAAGAAAUUUCUUUAAAGCGUGCUGGUGAUACAAGAUGGGGUUCUCAUUAUGAAUCACUGAUUAGAUUGAUUACAAUGUUUUCUUCAAUUAUUAAUGUGCUUGAAAUAGUUUUAGAGGAUGGCAUAAGCUCUGAACAGAGAGAAGAGGCUUUUGCAUUAUUAGAUUCAAUGCAAUCCUUUGACUUCUCUUUUUGCUUGCAUUUAAUGAAAGACAUACUUGGAAUCACUGCUGAGUUAUCAGAAGCUUUGCAAAGAAAAGAUCAGGAUAUUGUGAAUGCCUUGUCAUUAGUUCGAAUAUCUAAAAAUAGAUUACAAUACAUGAGAGACAACAAGUGGGAUGAAUUCAUUAAAAAGGUGACUUCCUUUUGUGUUGAACACAAAAUUAUAACUCCCAAUCUAAAUGAUAAAUGGGUUGCCCGUGGAAGACCGCGACGUGGACUUCAAGAAAUGACAAAUUUACAUCAUUACCGGGUUGAAAUAUUCUACACAGUACUUGAUAUGCAACUUCAAGAGUUGAAUAAUCGUUUCACAGAGGCUAAUACUCAACUACUUUUGUGUAUUGCUUGUUUGAACCCAUCGAAUUCGUUCAAUGCAUUCAACAAAGAGAAGUUAAUUGAAAUGACAAACUUAUAUCCAAACGAUUUCACUCCUUUGGAUUUGAUGGUUCUUGAUAAUCAGCUGGAAACUUAUAUUAUGGAUAUGCGGUUUGAUGAUCAAUUUUUAUUGGUGAAAGAUAUAGGAAGUCUUGUUGAAAAAAUGGUUCAGAGCAGGAAGGAAAUACUAUAUCCUCUUGUUUUUAAACUAUUGAAGCUAGCAUUAGUACUACCAGUUGCAACAGCAGGAGUUGAAAGGAGUUUUUCUGCAAUGGCUAUUAUAAAAAAUCGACUACGCAAUCGAAUUGGGGAUCAGUGGAUGAACGAUAUCUUAAUCGCUUAUAUUGAAAAAGAAAUUUUAGAUUGCAUUAACAAUGAUGUUAUCAUUCAGUUUUUCCAAAAUAUGAAGAAUAGAAGCCAUAGGUCGAUGCGCGCGUCCAAAAAAAGCACCCGAGCGUUUGAAGCCUCCGAAAACCCUCACACCAUUGUCAGAAACGAAGAAACACUUGUUGGGAGUGGAAGCAGUCCAUCUCGAAUUUGA